AUGGCUGCACAGGAGGACUACGCGUUUAAUCGACAAUGCGUAGCUUACCAAACUGGAAGAGUUUCGCGAACUAUCCGCAGGAUCAUCCGUGUUCGACUGAACGAGCGUACAGACAGCAAAAACUCGCAUGAAACGAAGAGCCUUGAACUUGAGCCCUGGGAUGAUGCUCCGUGGUCUGAAGAGGAGUUAACGAUCACAAACGUCGAGUCGACUGAGCUUGUUCUUGUUGUCGGCGAGUUCGUUGAUACCAAAUUUGAACUAAUUGAAUACACCGGAUCAACACCGUCAUCUCCUGAUGACUUCGAGCCCGGCAGACACAAUUUCGUACAGAAACAAGAAAAGAUUGGAAUUGUGGUAAUAAGGCUCAAAGAUUCCAAAUGCAACUUUUAUAUACUACGUGACCAAGUUGGGGGCCUACGACGGGUAACCAUGAUUCCUUCUGGUACUAAUAAUCAAGACCAUAUCUUUUGGUAUUCCGAAUGGAUAGCCAACACAAGAUUAACCCAAGCCAAGCUGAGAUUUCAAGCCUGGAGAAACAAUAUGACCGCAUGGGUGGCGAAUUACGUCGAGGGCCACCAAGGGGACUUUCUUGAUGAGCAGAGAGCGUCAAAUCUGCCUGCCUCGGCCCAAGAGUUUGACCUCAGUCCAAUCCACAGUAUCAUAGCAGCAAUUCGAACUGGAAUCAUGAUCUGGGAUGAGACUGGAGACGAAACGCAUCUUGCCCAAGUGCAGUCAAACGUGGACGAUGCACUAAAAAAGGUGGACUGGAGCAAGCAUGCUGAGGAUACCGAUGGCCUCAUGGAUGUGUUCCGUUUGUUGAUGAACGGCCCGGGCUUCGAACACGCUGAUGCGCACAAGAUUUCAAACUUCUGCAAGGACGCCUGGGGCUUGGCCGCCGAACCCGACUUCUUUAUGGGCCUGUACCAAGAACUACGUCAAGAUGGUCUAGGUGAUAUCAAUGUCGAAGAAAGUUUGUACAGAGUGUUCAUCACCAGGUAUUGGGAUCUCUGUCAGUAUCCGGUAAGAGCAACCGAGGAGAGCCAAGAGGGCAAGAAGGGAUAUUCCAACCUCAAUCACGCAUAUGACUACGCUAUUAUGGCCGUGGGUCGUCCACUCGACAGCCUCCAGAAAACACCUUGCAAAGUUGACGCUCCAAACACAAUCGCCAUUCUCGACAAUCUGAUAGGCUUGAGAGAAUUACAAUUGGACGCAAUUCAGCAGCGACGUGCCUUGGAGAAGGAAGAAGCUCCCAAAACUGUUCUAAAGAAAACUGACAGCAUCUCGAAGAUGAUUCGUGAGCUGUCAAAAAGUCUGGACCGACAUGAGCUCGAAGAAGGAUUGAAGUCCAUCGGUAAUAUGAUGUUUCAGCGAGUCGACGCUUUCGCGCAAGAUAUAGUCUCGAUGAUCAAGGAGGAUUUGGAGGGAUUGAAGGCCUUCAGGACUAUGUAUUUGAGGAUGGAUGGUGGUGAAGAUGAGGAUGAAUCCAUGGAAGAUGAAGAGUCAGACUCUUAA